AUGGUAGAGCGACACGUCGCAAGCGCUCGAGUGCCGCGCGUAGAAUGCGCGGGAGUGGCGCCCGCGGCUCCGCCCACACACGCCCCGUAUCUAGAUCAUUUCGCGAUUCUACCGCGACCCUUGACACACGCGCCACCGCGUUCUUACCUCGCGAUCUCAACCGGCAUCAUCACGCACGGCGCGCUAGUAUACGGCGGGGCCCCGGGGCUUUGCCCCCCGAGGGCCUCCGACCUUCCGCCUUUGGAACUCGGCUUCCGCAACAGUUGGAGAGAGGAUGAACUGCUGCCGUCCACUCCCGCAAGCCAGGCCGCGUCGACGCAGAGUGGCUCGUCGGCCACAGAUAAGGGCCAGAAUGUGGAAUGCGUCGUCUGCGGAGAUAAGUCCUCCGGGAAACACUAUGGCCAAUUCACGUGUGAGGGCUGUAAAUCCUUUUUCAAGAGGUCUGUAAGAAGGAACCUUACAUAUUCCUGUAGAGGGAACAGGAACUGUCCUAUCGACCAGCACCAUAGAAAUCAAUGCCAGUACUGCCGACUCAGGAAGUGUCUAAAAAUGGGCAUGAGGAGAGAAGCUGUACAAAGAGGUCGAGUGCCACCGACGCAGCCCGCUGGUCUCGCCCUUCCCGGGCAGUUCGCUCUGGCGAAUGGAGACCCAGCUACCGGCCUCAAUAGCCAUCCCUACCUCUCCUCCUACAUCUCCCUCUUACUCAGGGCAGAACCUUAUCCCACCUCAAGAUACGGCCAGUGCGUUCAACCCACUAAUGUAAUGGGUAUAGACAAUAUAUGCGAACUGGCUGCGAGAUUACUCUUCUCGGCCGUAGAAUGGGCGAGAAAUAUACCUUUUUUCCCUGAACUCCAAGUGACGGACCAAGUCGCGCUUUUACGGCUCGUUUGGUCUGAAUUGUUUGUCCUAAAUGCGUCUCAAUGCUCAAUGCCCCUCCAUGUAGCACCGUUGCUCGCUGCCGCCGGUCUGCACGCCUCCCCCAUGGCAGCCGACCGAGUGGUGGCGUUCAUGGACCACAUAAGGAUCUUCCAGGAGCAAGUGGAGAAGUUAAAAGCACUCCACGUGGACUCCGCUGAAUAUUCCUGUCUGAAGGCCAUCGUUCUCUUCACGACAGGUAAAAUUUUGGACAGUUUAUUUGGGGAAGCGAGGUUGUUGUUGUACAGAGUUGCGGGUGCUGGUGCAGCUGUCACAAAUUAUGGGGAACUUGUGGUAUUAGUUCGAACUCAUUUAGAUGCGUAUGCUGAAGCGUCCAGAGUACCACAACCACCGGCACCCCCACCUCCUUCAGCAGCUUCCUCAGGAUAUUACUCUACUUUGGACACAUCGCUUGGUGUCAACUCCUCUUUGUCCUAUGGCAGUUUCUUAUCACCUUCCCGAUUGCUGCCUAACUAUACUAGUAGCCCACGUGUGCCAGACGCUAGUACGUCAUCUUUUAAAUUAUACGAAGGUGGAGGUGGAAAAAUAUAUAAAGAUGACCAGGGGAGU